AUGACGACGAUGACCACUCCUCAAGUAUUUAUUGAAAUAUCAUCCGACGACGAUGUUUUUGAUACUUCCGCUUCUAACAUUGCAGCAGCAGGGAAAUCAAAAUCACAACCGUCAUCAUCCUCCUCCCAAGUCGAGAAAAAAAGUGAUGAGAGACAAAUCAAGGCGUACAAAUUAGUAGCAGAAAAAAAUAAAUGGUACAAUGCGGAUGGAAGUUUAUUACCAGUUAGUGCGGAAAACCUUUGUAAAUUUAUCAUUUUAAAAGCAAGCACGAAUGCACUACAAAGUAUUCGCUGGUAUGUCUACGGAAUUGCUAAAUAUCAAGAAGAAACUGGGAUUAGUGAUGGAGGUGAUAUUAAAAAACAUCCUGAUGUUAAAGGACUUAUACAAAAAAUUGCUCAAGAACAUAAAGCCAAACAACAAGCAUUGGGGAUUGAUCCAAAGAAUAUUAAAAAAGAAAAGCAAAAAGCUAACAUUCAAGCAAGAUUGUCAUUCAGUCAAGUAAAUGCUUCAUCUUCAUCCACAACUCCUUUCCUCGAUAAUCAUCAACAAAGUCAACAACAACCAUCUUCUUCUACUACGUCAUCAAAAAAGAAGCAACGUUCUAAAAAAUCAUUGAAAAAUUUCAAUUCGAUCGCUUCAUUGAGCAAAAUGACCGAAUUAAAUCCUCAAAUUGUAAUUGAUAAUAAAAUUGAAUGGCAACAGUCAAAUGAUCAAAUCAAUAAAAGACUUGAUCUUUCUAAGGAAGAGUUUCCAUCUCGUGCACUUCUAAUGCAUUUAGGAUGUUGGACUGAAGCGGACGAGGAAGAAUUUCUUAAAUAUGAAAGAGAAAAUGCUAAGCAUCCUUUAUUAUUGGCUCAAUGUCAUGGCAUUUGGUUGCGUAGGAUUAGUGAUUGUCUCGAGGACGAAAUUUUUCUAAAUGAAAUUUCACGUCAAGUCAAUGUUGAUCAAAAUACACCAAAGCGCCCACCAUUAAUGAACAGUUCAAUUCAAAGAUCAGAAAAUGGAAUUCCUAUGUUAUUAUCGAAUCAUGAAAAAUCAAAUGAUUCCAAAAAACGUCGACGAGGAAAUUCCAAAGCGAAUAAUUCAGAAAAAACGUCUUUCAAAAAGCAAAAGCAGAAGCUGCAACCACGUGCUAAUCCUCAAUCUCAGCUCCAACAUCCACCGAAUGGAACAAACGAGCUCAAUAAAGCAGGUUUGUUGAGCUCAAAUCAAACUUCGCUUGAAUUUUUGCAUUCGAACUACAAUAACAUAUGUGCCGGACACCCUAAAGGAUGCUUGAAUAUAGGUGACAAUCAACAUUUACCCGUCACCGAUGAAAUUAUCCAAUAUUGGAAAUCAAAUUCUGCUUCAAAUCCGUGA